AGUUCAAUUGCCUGCCUGGUGUAUGUUAAAAUGCCGCGCCCAUUUGGGUAAUGACAAAUACAAAUCUCUGCGGGUUUGCAGCUCAUUCCAAGAACAAAUUGGACUGGAGUUGAUUGUAUCUAAACCCUAGGAUAGAUUCUUGAGUGUAGUUGCAAUAUAAUAUUAUAUAAUAUACCAAUGACUGAUCAAGUCAAAAUCCCAUGUGCACUUAUUGAGUCUUUCGAGUUUUUAAUAGUUCUCUAUAUCAUCCAAAAGCAUAUUUUACUGAAAUAAUAGAAGAAUUAACCAUUGAAGUAUGUGUAGCAGGUACGAAUUCCUAAAACAGAUAAACGUGACGGCGGAAACUUAUACAAAAUUUUGGAACUUGAACCAAUACAGUUUCCCCCUCUGUAUAAAUUCCCUCCCAUCAUCCUUUCUUCUUCAUCAUCAUCUUCUUCAACCCACCAUUAUAAACACAAUGAAGAUUCUCAAUUGGGUACAAUCCAAGCUUAGAGGCAAGCAACAACAAGAGAGUGUUAAAAGGCCAGUAGUAACUAACUGCAAUGAAGAAUCCAGCGACUGGUCUGAUCGGUUGUUGCUUGCAAUUGGGACGUUUGGUGGUGACAACAUUAAUCGAGUCCAAUUGGAAGAUCAUCAUGAAUCAUCCUCCAUUGGAGAUCAAAUUCAAAGAGAAGUUGCUAAAUUAAUAAUGAUUAGCAGGGAAUUAGAAGAAUCGUCAACUGGUAGUAAUAGUAGUAGUGGUGAUGGUCAUGAAUCUGUCUCAUUGGAGUACUGUCUAAAGCAGCUCUCGUGUUUGGAGAAUCCAAAGGAUGAAAAAAUAUCAAGCUGUGUUGGGUCAAAGAAGAAAGGUUUAGGAAAAAAACCUUUAUCUUUGUUGAUCAAGAAGAUGUUUUUGAGUCAAAAGGCGGGGUUUGGACCUAAACCUAGCUUAAGAGAUCCAAUCCCUGAUAAUUCAAUAAUAGACAAGAUAUUGAGGGCCUUAAUGCAAAAGAAAAUAUAUCCAAAAAAUUCAGCUACAAGGUCAAAUGCCACGAAAUACUUGGAAAUCGACGACGACGAUGGACAACAGGCGAUUGAUAUGGAGAAAUAUGGAAGCAAAUGGGUGAAGACGGAUUCAGAGUAUAUUGUGCUGGAGAUAUAAUGUUCAUACCAUGGCCAAGAAUUUUCUUUGUAAGAAGGAAUUAAGAUGAAAAUGUCAACAGCCCAAUUCAAUCAUAUUGUAUUUUCUUGGCUUAUUUUAUAAAUUCAUUGUUUGGAG